CCAGCUGGGGAUGUUUAUAAGCCCCAGGGGGACCCCUGUUGGAGGCAGCAGGCAGGAGCUCAGCCCAGCGCUGGAUCCAAGAGCCCAGAGGCAGCCGGGUGCUGAAUGAUGACCACAGCAGGAAACCCCUGGGGCUGGUUCCUGGGGCACCUUAUCCUCGGGGUCACAGGAUCCCCGGCCUCGGGUGGCAGCAGCCGCAUCAUAAACGGCGAGGACUGCCACCCGCACUCGCAGCCCUGGCAGGCGGCGCUGUUCUUGGAAGACGAACUUUUCUGCGGGGGCGUCCUGGUGCAUCCGCAAUGGGUGCUGUCAGCCGCACACUGUUUCCAGGAUUCCUACACCAUUGGGCUGGGUCUACACAGUCUUGUGGCCGACCAAGAACCAGGCAGCCAGAUGGUAGAGGCCAAACACUCCAUACAGCACCCAGAGUACAACAAACCAUUUUUCGCCAACGACCUCAUGCUCAUCGAGUUGAAAGAAUCCGUGUCCUGGUCUGACACCAUCCAAAACAUCAGCAUCGCCUCCCAGUGCCCGACCCCUGGGGAUUCUUGCCUGGUUUCUGGCUGGGGGAAGCUGAUGAAUGGCAGACGGCCCAAAGUGCUCCAGUGCGUGAACAUCUCUGUGGUGUCCGAGGAGAUCUGCAAAGCAGUCUAUGCCUCCGUGUACCACCCCAGUAUGCUCUGUGCUGGUGGAGGCCAGGACCAAAAGGAUUCCUGCCACGGUGACUCUGGGGGUCCCCUGGUCUGCAAUGGGUACCUGCAGGGCCUCGUGUCCUUUGGACAAGCCCCGUGUGGCCAACCCUCUGUGCCCGGCGUCUAUACCAACCUCUGCAACUUCACGGACUGGAUACAGAAAACCAUCCAGGCCAGUUAACUCCUGGGACUGGGACCCAUGAAACUGAAACCCCCAAAUAUAUGCUGCUGAAGGAAUUCAGGAGUCUGGGUUCCCAGUGCCUUCCUCCCUCUGCUCCAGGAGUCUAGACCCCCAGGUCCGUCCUCUCUCAGUCCCAGGAGUCCAGGCCCCCCUAGAAUCUUUUCCUGUACACAGUGCCCCCUAGUGGCACAAUGUUGACCCCGCCUUCCCAUUGGUAGAGAAAGUUGGUUUUUCCCCUUUUUUGUCCCUUCCCCUAAGCCCAGAAAUAAAGUCUUAGAGAAGCACGGGCUCUGUUCAAA